AUGUCAAUAUUCUCUCACUACCACUGCUCUGUGGGCCGUGGUUACAGCAGGCUGUUGAUGCAGGGAGUGUGGCCCUUACACAUCCCUCAACCUCAAAGCCAGAUCCAGUUUACAGUUCGCGGUACAGAAGAAAUUAGCCUCGUCUUCUAUCAGAUUUUAUCAAAAGGCAAGGUUGUUGCAUCUGGAAAUCAGGCAGUCAACCCAGCCAGUACAACGUUUGAUAUUUCGAUUGCCGCAACACCAUCUAUGGCACCAAGCGCCACCAUUGUUGUGUACUAUAUGAACAACCAAAGGGAAGUUAUUGCUGCAGCCGAAAAAUUUCAAGUUGAAUUCAGCCUGAACAAUCAGAUGACAAUGAGCUGGGAUGCUGCCAGGAAGGAGGUCAAUGAGACGGCAGUUCUGACAGUCACAGCAGAACCUAAUUCGUACGUGUCGGUGGGGGCUGUUGACCAGAGCGUUCUCCUGAUGAGCGAGUCCAACGACAUCACUGUGGAUCGGGUAGUAACUGAACUGGACAGCUACAGUGAUCAGCAUGGCCCAAAAUGCUGUGGACCUGUGCCACUAAAUAGAAGAUUUCGGCGCAGCAUCAUAUGGUACCCCUUCAGGUCGGCAUCAGACACUGCUCAGGUUCUCUCGUCGGCCGGACUGGUUUACAUGACUGAUGCCUUUGUGUUUAGUGAACCCCCACAGAAUGAAAUAAUAGCAUUUGAUGGCGACAUUAUGGAGGCUGCUGUACCUGAUUUGGUUUUCCUAAAGACUGACAGCACUGGAGGUGGAGUGCAGCAAACAGAGCUAUAUGUGCGGAAGUUCUUUCCAGAGAGCUGGCUGUGGGACUCAGCAGUGGCAGGACUUGAUGGCAGGGCGACUUUUUCUGUGUCUGUACCUGACACACUCACCAAAUGGGUGGCCACAUCUUUUGCUCUUCAUCCCACCUUGGGUCUGGGCAUCCCCCCUCAGAGAGCAAAUCUGACUGCCUUCCUGCCUUUCUUCCUGAGAGUGGACAAGCCCUACUCUGUAAUACGUGGAGAAGAGGUCACCAUCAAGGUCAUUGUCUACAACUACCUCAACAGGAAUAUUCAGGCCACAGUAGAGCUGUUCCAGUCCAAUGACUUCAAAGUGAAGGAAAACCCUAAUGAUGUGACAGCUGUAUCCAAAACUAUCACCAGGACAGUACAGGUGGAUGACCAGAAAGGAGCUAGUGUCAGUAUUGUGGUUGUCCCAGAAACCCUGGGUCACCUGACUCUACAGCUUAGAGCUAGCACCACUGGGGCCGCAGAUGCCCUGGAGGAACCACUCCUGGUGGAGCCUGAAGGACGGAUGGUGGAAGACAACAAGCCAAUUUUUAUUAACCUUGAUCAAACUGGAACAUCUCAGCCCAUCAGUGAAACUGUGAACUUCCCGUUAAGCAACCAGGUAGCUGGCUCUAAGGCAAUCAUCAUCAGUGUUAUUGGGGACAUGUUAGGCACCACUCUUACUGGGUUAGGAAACCUUAUCCGCAUGCCGUACGGCUGUGGGGAACAGAACAUGGUCUCGUUUGUCCCCAACAUUGUGGUCCGUAAGUACCUGGAAACCACGGGCACCAUCACUUCUAAGCAGACCGUUGACACAACCAGGUUCAUGGAAUCAGGCUACCAGAGAGAGUUAACCUAUCAAAGAGAAGAAGGGUCUUUCAGCGCUUUUGGCGAUCGUGAUUCGGCCGGAAGCACGUGGUUGACAUCGUUUGUAGUGCUGAGUUUUAAACAAGCUGAGCCAUACAUCUUUAUAGACGAUGCUGUUUUGGUGAAAGCCCUGACCUGGCUUAUUAAGGAGACAUAUGAUCAGCGAACAGCCACAUUCCGUGAGGUGGGCAAUGUGCUCCACGAGGCCAUGCAGGGUGGGUCUGGCAACACCAUGACAGCUUAUGUGCUGAUAGCUCUGGAAAUGUGCAGUGAUUUUAACCAAACCAUACCACAAUAUCUGGAUGUGCUGUCUGCCGUGAGGAGGAAUCUGGAGGAGUCUGUUGAUACCACCACUGACCCCUAUAACCUUGCCAUCAUGGCCUAUGCUCUCCAGCUCUCAAACAGCCCCUCUGUGGACAGAAUCCUCAGUAAACUAGACACCACCGCCCUCCUGGACUCAGGUAUGAAAUACUGGAAGCUGAGUUCAGAGGAGAAGAAUCCGAGAACAUGUUACCGUUGUCAUCGUCAGAACAACCAGGUAGAACUCGCCUCGUUUGUUCUGUUGACGUACGUGCAGAAACGUGACUUGCCAUCAGCGCUGCAGGUGGCACGCUACCUCAUGUCCGCCAAGAAUCCACAGGGAGGCUUCUAUAGCACACAGGACACAGUGUGGGGACUCCAGGCACUGUCUGAGUUUGGCAUGAGCACGCGAAGUAAUGGACAACAGUUCUCAGUAGCCGUCUCUGUAGGACCGAACUGGAAGAGAGAUUUUACUGUGGAUGCUGUCAACUCCCAAGUUGUGCAGAGAGCUGAACUUAAAGAUGAAGAGAUUGAUGGAAACACUAUUCAGGUGACAGUUGAUGCGUCAGGGAUUGGUACUGGACUGGUAGAGAUUGGAAGCCAGUAUUACACAACAGAACAGGAGGAGAACAGUCGCCUGAAGCUGAGAGUGGAUACAAGGGAUCGCAAUCCCCAAGUGAAGGAAUUCACCAGCUGUGUACAAGUAGUGGACAACACAUUGAAGGACAUGAUCGUCGUGGAGAUUGCUGACCCAUCCGGCUUCUCUGUGGACACGAGCAGCAUUGAACAGGGGCGCAACAUCCGCCGGGUGGAGAAAGAUGGAAAAAUGACUUCGAUCUAUUAUGGAGAUCUGCCCUCAGGUCAGGAAGAAUGCACCAAAAUGAUGUCUUACAAGCAGAACGAUGUGGCCAAUGUACAAGCUCCUGUGGCCAGAGCCUUCGGAUAUUACACAGGCGAGGAAACUGCUGUAGCUUAUAUGCAACAGAGUAUCGAGACCACCGCCGUAGUACCAACAACGCCGACUAGUGCCGCUCGCCAGCUGGGCGCCAGCGUUGCAUCCAUCUCACUAUUCCUCUUGAUGAGCUUGUUGUGUUUUGUUGCCUGAGGAUUUACAACUGUGUGUGUAACAUAAAUCAAAUACAUAUCAGUGUGCUUCUCCAUGUACCGUAUGCAUGUGUAACCUCAGUGCUGUGAAUAAUUUUUCUCCAUGUCUCCUGUAUUUUUUAUAGUUUUUGAUAACCCUGUCUUACAUUGGUUACAAUUUUAUGGCAAAUUUUUCCAAGAUAUAAAUGUUUGUGGUUCAAGUGCUUUGACGCAAAUCAGGGAUUGCCUAUUUGAUAUUUCAAUGACUGCCAAGGUUUAUUGAGAAGAAUCUGAUAUGUUAGCUGUUUUAACCUUUAAUAAAUAUAACGACUAGCACCUGAGCAAAAUAUACAGGUAGACUUGUUCUGUCUUGUACUUGGCCAGGCUGUAUUAUCAUUGAUUUCAAUUGACUUUUAUAAAACAGACGUUUUUAAAUGUGAUCAGAGUACUUCUGUGCUGGUCUCAAAUUUAUCUCAAAUUAAUGUAUUAUUUCAUAUUAGGAGCUCAGUGUCUUUUUUUUUCCUCGAAACAACUUUUCUCAACUGUUGUGUUAUGAAAGGAAGUUUUAAUGGUUGUUUAUGCAUACAACACCUGUUGGCCUUUUUAUAUGUAUAUAUGUGUUUCUUCUUAGGACAUGCCAAGCACCACGCAGCUGCCGUCAUUUUACCUCCUCCAUUUGUACACGUAUUGGUUUUGUAAGAAGUUUGAUAUUAUUUUUAUUACCUAAUAUAAAAUACAUUCCCUUUACAAAGCUGACUGCUUUACAAGCAAAAAAAAUUUAAAAAAAUAAAAAAUCCAUGACUGCAGUUUUGAAGAAAAGAUAGAAUGUGGCAGAAGUUUUGUAAUCCCACUGUACAGCUGGGUUGUACUUGAAUAGUGAGUGAAAAGUCCUGGUUGGUCUCAGUGAUACCAGAGGCAGUAUUCCCUGCAUUUCUGUCCUUUUAGUGCCUUACCACACAGCACCCAGAAUUAAUACACCUGACUAAACAUGUCCAAAAUAAAUAAAAUGGUGUUCUACAUCAGAAAAAAAUGACUUUGUUAAUCUUUAAGAUCUGGGUUUCUGAACAAUGAGACCCACUGUGAUGACCUAAUGGUUAGAGAAUGCUUCAAAGUCGGAAGACUGUGGAUCAACCCUGGGAUGGGUCGUACAAGAGAUUUUCAAAAAUGGUACGUCGCUUGGUGCUCAGCACAGAGAGGUUAAAAAUAGGACUGGUUGGACCGGUGUUAGUAUUACGUGACUAAGUGGGGUGUCAUGUCUGGUGUCUUCGGCACGAUGCUUCAGUGACGGCAUCAGCACGGGCUCGGCCUGCCACAAGAAGGUACACUGUGUACACCUAAUGACUCUUAUAUGACUGAAAAAUUGUCACGCAUACAUAUAUACUAAAUGAAUCAUUUUUUUCCACCAUUAAUAAAAAAAACUUUUGA